AUGGCGUUCGCGCUGCUGCGCCCGGUCGGCGCGCACGUGCUGUACCCGGACGUGCGGCUGCUGAGCGAGGACGAGGAGAACCGCAGCGAGAGCGACGCGUCGGAUCAGUCGUUCGGCUGCUGCGAAGGCCUGGAGGCGGCUCGGCGCGGCCCGGGCCCCGGGGGAGGGCGACGGGCCGGCGGUGGCGCGGGUCCCGUGGUGGUGGUGAGACAGCGACAGGCGGCCAACGCGCGGGAGCGGGACCGCACGCAGAGCGUGAACACGGCCUUCACCGCCCUGCGCACGCUCAUCCCCACCGAGCCCGUGGACCGCAAGCUGUCCAAGAUCGAGACGCUGCGCCUGGCGUCCAGCUACAUCGCGCACCUCGCCAACGUGCUGCUGCUGGGCGACUCGGCCGACGACGGGCAGCCGUGCUUUCGCGCGGCCGGCGGAGCCAAGAGCGGCGUCCCCGCCGCCGCCGCUGACGGUGGCCGCCAGCCGCGCUCCAUCUGCACCUUCUGUCUCAGCAACCAGCGCAAAGGGGGUAGCCGUCGUGACCUGGGGAACAGCUGCUUGAAAGUGAGAGGGGUAGCUCCCCUUCGAGGACCUCGGAGAUGAACCUGAGUCCCUGAAGCACUUGUGCCAAGCAGAAUCCCAGAGAAUGAGGCCAGGAGCUGGCCCCUGACUGGACAAGGGAGAAGGUUCCAGAAGUCGAGACUCUCCCUGCUUUGGGUAGGGACCAAGGGACAAUGGCCUGGACACAGGGCCUCGGGACAUCUCUGUUCCACCCUGGAGAGCUGUGAGGACCCAUUUAGCCAUUCAGGCCUGGCUGGCCAGAGACGGGACAGAACUUUUGAAGAACCAAAGACUUUGGUGGUAGAGCGUGUUGUGUAUGCUUCUGUGCGUGAGUGUGACGGUGUGAGAGAAUUGGUGAGUUUUAAAUAAAGGUAUUUUUAAAUAAAA